AUGGGAAAGAAAAAGAAAUCGGGCGGGAGAAAAGGAGCUAAUAGUUUCUUUCGUUGGAUAAGAAGCGAUUUACCUGAUGAGGAAGAUAAGAAAUCGCCCGUACUUUUGUUAGGAGUGAACAAAUUAUCGGAUUCACCGUUUUUCGUGAGGAGAAGACUCACAGACCCUCAUUCAUCAGGAUCAAUAAGAUUCUUUCGUCCGCCAAAAUCAAAAUAUACGAGAGGUCUAAAUGGGGACGAGAGAUUGGAAAAGAUUAGACAAGAUCUUCUGGUCCACAAGAACAAACCAGAUACUUACAUUCCAAAACCUGAGCUCUCAAUAGAACCGGAAACUAAAGGGCCUUGUAUUAAACUAGGCUGUGUCGGUAACUGCAUCUGUGACAGAAAGAAAUCUUCUUCCAACAGAGGCUCAUUCUCAUUUCAUAGGCCAGAAAACAGACAGCCAUCUCUAUGCCCAUCAGAGCCUUAUGGUAGAGCUGAGAAUAGGGACAACACAGAAAACGAUAUAGAAUUCAAAUAUACGGAACACAUUCCAGAUGUACAACCUUCCAGUAGCAAACAAAACUCUUACAACGUGACACCAAAGUCUACUGAACGAAGACACAUUCUACUAUCAAAUUUAAAUGAGAGAUUCCGAAAAACACUCAGCUUGGAUUCGAGGAAGAUUGAAACAAAUCGAGUGCUGAGCCUGCCACAGGAACCUAGACCUAAAUCCUUGGUUAAUACGGAUAAUAUCUGCGUGCAAUACUCGUCGAAAGAUCCAUUCAUUCCCCCAAAUUUUGUCAAAACCAGCCAACCUAAAAAGAAACGCAAAUCGUUCUUUUCUCUAGACACAUUCUUCGAUUCAAAAAGAUCAGACACGUCUUCCAUAGAUGACUAUUGUUCCUCUAAAUACAAGCGUUUUGAACUAGAAAGUGAUGACUCUCCAUUAUUCAGACGUGAAAGACCAAGAGAAAGGACCCCAGAUCUUCUCAACCUGCCUGUAAUCAUAGAUUCUGUGCGAAAAAAGCAAUCGGACACGAAGCGGCAAUUGGAGAAAUUAGAAAACCAUUUUUACAAGAGCCUCGACAAACGGACUGUUAUAGACGCAGUGCCAGCGGAUGCGACAGAGGGACCGAGCGGUAUCAACAAUUUAUAUGACGAAGAAGUAGAAUACAUAGAACCAAUACGAAGCACCUUCACCAGCCAGAGUACUUUAAUACUAGACAAAAACACAGAUACACUUAAACCAGACUCAAUACUAACAAUAAACACAGAAGAAACCGAUAUAAAGCUACCAAGUUCAACGGUUUCUCCCGUAUCAAAUAAAAUAGAAAAUGACAUAGACAGCAUAGGAGCUUACGAGAUAGAAGUCAAAGAGUGUGAUCUGAAGUGCGCUAAGAACUUGGUCGUCAAAGUUAUGGACAAAUCUGUCGAUUCGAUUGGAAGUUGUUCCUUAGAUGUCGAUGCUAGUACGGACUUCUCAGAUACUACGUCCGGAAGUUUGAAUCUCCUAACGCCUAGCUCCACAACCAGUAGGAUACGGGAUUUCACUUCCAGGAUACAGGAACGAGCCUCCAACCUGCAUACGAUAUCACCACAGGCUCCAAUAUCACCAGCAAGAACACCAGACACAACUCCAACACCUAGAAAGACUGAUCACCUCCUCAAACCUCCCCCGAAAAUAUACAUAGACACUUCUAGCCAUAGAUCCAGGAGCCACUUGAAGAAACGAGACGAACUACCACAGAAGAAGCCAAGCUAUUUAAACCUAGCGUGCUCAGUGAACGGCUACACGAAUCUAACGACAUACGAUUCCAAAUUACGACAAGAUAUUAAUAAAAGUCGAGAAGCUUCCCCAAUAAGGCCGAUAACACAUACGUACCAGUACAAAAGUGAGAGCAGCUCGCUAUUAGUGCCGAUACCGGUGAGCGCUAACAAACUGUUGGUACCCAAGUUCGGUCCUAAUGAUACUCGCACAGAUUUGACGCCCAAAGCGCCUACUAAGGCGCACACAGACCCGCAUAUAGCAUCACCCUCACAUGCCUAUAUGGCAGCUGAAAAUAAACAACUGAAGAACGACUUCCUAGGACCAAGCAUGACGACAACCAGUCGUCAGUUUAUAUCGAAUGAGGGCAAGAACUUCGCUGCGUCGAUGUUACACCAGAAGGAUGAGGUGGAUCAUGUUAAGGAGAUGACCUUUAAGUCCAGUUACUCGGAGACGAACUUCAGACAGACGGUCAGCAAUGGCAAAGAGAGCAGGUUCUCCGCGGAGUCGUAUACGAUAUCAUCAAACGGUGUCUCCAAAAGAGUUGAGAUCACCAAAGAAAAUGGUGAAAAAUUGACAAGUCCUAUGAAGAGCUUCAUACAACAGCGCGUCGAACGUCUAUACGGACCGGGAGCGCUGGCUCAGGGAUUCUUCAAUCAGAAAAGGCACAAACUAAAGAGUACUAGCGAGGACGAAGACUUGAAAGUGUUGACAGAAAAAUCACUAAACUGCCCGAGCGAGAGAUUCGUAUCACCACGCAAAUCUAACGAAAGCUUCGACAGUGAGAACAUAUGCACCAGUCCCACUAACGAUACAGUGUUGCCUGUAUUAAGGCAUCUUAGGCCCGAAUUUCGAGCCCAACUACCAGUGCUCUCGCCUCGAAAGAGCCCGAAAUCCGACCUCUCGCCUCAGAAGCUCGAACAAGACAUUCCCGAACCGAAAAAGACUGAAUUGAUUGAAACCAGUGAAGUGACAAAUGGCCUAUCUGUGAUAGAUUUGAACAAACAAGUGAAUGAUAAAUGUACAAGUGAAAAAGUUAAUGGUGAUGUGGUUAAAGAUGGACAUUACUUCUUGGAUUUGGAGAAGAAGGAAACUGAAAGGUUGAUCGCUCUGGCUGUGGGGGCUGAAAAGGAGCUGGAGCAUUUACAGAAUGUUGAAAACAUAAGUGAAGAAGUCCUGGGCUUCCUCCGAGCUGCCUCUGGUAAAGCGAGGCUCUUGGCUACACAGAAGAUGCAGCAGUUUGAAGGUUGUAAACAACAUUCAUGUCUCUGCUACAACCACAUCAAUGAAAGUGGUGACGAGCCGUUCCCAACUACACUAGAAGAUCUGCAGGGUUUCUGGGACAUGGUCUGCCUUCAAGUCAGAAAUGUGGAAGCUUUGUAUCAACAUAUUGAUGUACUGAGAGCUAAUAACUGGCAGGAGGUGUCGUCCCCAGUAAGCAAGCCAGUGUCUUCACCGGCCAGGACUCGAACCCGUACUCCCGUAGUCAAGAAUGAGAAGGCAAGACUUGCCGCUGAGAAGAGGGAAUCUGAAAGGAAAGCUAUGUUGGAACAUCGCAGGCGUGCAGCUCGUGAGCGACAGCUAGCAGCGCGAGCAGGACCUUGUGCUGGAGAGAGCUCACUCGGACAGAACGGAGAAGAGAAUAAGGUGUCUAUAUAA